UUCGAUUCUCGCAACACCCCAAUCUCGCUUCUCUUUUUUGGGUCCCCUCGGUUGAGGAAACGGGUCAACUCACGAAACUGGAGACGAAGCCGUCAACGCCCGAGAGUCUUCCCCAUUUUUAUUAUUCCAUCGGCAGCUAAACAAACAGUUUUCUUCAUCAACAUUUUGGAUUCCACCAAGAAAUGUCGAGCUCGCAGAUCUGCUGGCCCUUGGCCGUCCUGGCCCUGUUCCUACUCUCAUCGGCUUUCGCCGACGAAGUGGUAGUCUUGACGGAGGACAACUUCGAGAAGGAGGUGGGCCAAGAUCGAGCCGCUCUCGUCGAGUUCUACGCUCCUUGGUGUGGCCACUGUAAAAAGCUUGCUCCUGAGUAUGAGAAGCUUGGAACAAGUUUCAAGAAGGCAAAAUCUGUUGUGAUUGGAAAGGUGGACUGUGAUGAACAUAAGAGCCUCUGUAGCAAAUAUGGUGUUUCUGGGUACCCCACAAUUCAAUGGUUUCCAAAAGGUUCCUUGGAGCCUAAAAAGUAUGAAGGUCCACGAAAUGCUGAAGCUCUUGCUGAGUUUGUGAAUAGUGAAGGAGGGACUAAUGUAAAGAUAGCUGCAGCCCCCUCAAAUGUGGUGGUUCUAACAGCUGAUAAUUUUGAUGAGGUUGUCCUGGAUGAAAAGAAGGAUGUUUUGGUUGAGUUCUAUGCACCCUGGUGUGGCCAUUGCAAGAACCUUGCUCCUGUUUAUGAAAACGUUGCCACAGCAUUUAAGCUUGAGGAUGACGUUGUAAUUGCCAAUCUUGAUGCUGACAAACACAAGGAUCUUGGAGAAAAAUAUGGUGUGAGCGGCUUUCCUACAUUGAAAUUCUUUCCUAAGAGCAACAAAGCUGGUGAAGAUUACAAUGGUGGCCGAGAUUUAGAUGACUUUGUAACUUUCAUCAAUGAGAAGUGCGGAACCAGUCGUGAUGCAAAAGGACAACUUACUGACAAAGCUGGCAUAGUUGAGAGUUUGGACGCUUUGGUGAAGGAGUUUGUUAGCGCUGGCAGUGAGGAGAAGAAAGCCAUCUUUGGCCGAAUAGAGGAGGAAGCUGAGAAGCUCAAGGGUUCUGCUGCAAGGUAUGGAAAGAUCUACUUGAAAGCUGCCAAGAGCUGUAUGGAAAAAGGUGCUGACUAUGCCAAGAAUGAAAUCCAGCGCGUGGAGCGCAUGCUGAACAAGGCCAUCAGUGCCACUAAGGCUGAUGAGUUCACGCUGAAGAAGAAUAUCCUAUCCACAUUUGCUUGAACCCUGAGAGGGAUUUUAUCCUUGGUGUUGCGGCUUUGAGUUGCACUGCUUUCGGGGUUUAAUCUGCAAGGUUUUUCCUUUGGCUUCGGGACUGUACUAUGUUGUUAUCCUUUUAGCUCUCAUCUACAAAACACAUUUUUGCUAUCAAAAGUUCAACUUAAAUAGAGUAGGGAGCGAGAGGAAACAUUUUCCAUUUUGCGUAGAACUCAGCUAACUAUCAACUCUCUGAUUACAAAGAAAUAGGUCGGUGCUUCACUUAUUGAUUCACGGAAACCCUUAAUGAAGAUACUUCAAAUUGCUUUAUAUACAGCAAUUGUGCGGUCAUCGUUUUCAUCCUCA